AAAACAUGAAUCUCGGCGGUUAGGACCCUUCCAUGUACGGACGAUAUCACGAGUCUUCACUGUUCAUGACAGAUCCCAGAAGCGAAUUUCUAAACUAUCUAGUCUCGAUUACUUCCUCACUUCAGUGCGUCAUUACAAUCAAAACCACAUAUAAAAUGAAUUUCGAAUGCUUUCAUCUGACAUUCUUGAUCAUCCUUUUCAAGCUCCAUCUCUCUUUUGACUUCCUUCUUAUACUCCUUUGUAAAAUUGAAUAUGGUCGGAGAUGAACAGCAGAGUUGGUUCCUUUGAUUCAACCGAGAUAAGCUAUGGAAGCAGCUCGUGCUGCGUAGCCAUGGCUGCCGAUAACGCCGAAACCCCAUCUCCUCUAAAACCUGAAAUGUCCGCACUCCAAUUGCUAUCCAGGAACUUCGACUCACUCUUCGACUCGGCUGACUCAGAGUUCUUCGCCGACGCCAGAAUUGCUGUCUCGGGAAGGGAGGUCCCCGUGCACCGGUGCAUUCUCUCCGUGAGGAGUCCGUUUUUUAAGAGCUUGUUUUCGAGAAAGAGAGGCGUAGUCAAGUUUGAGCUAAAAGAGUUGGCCAAGGAUUACGUUCUUGGCUUCGACGCUCUUGUGGCGGUCUUGGCUUAUUUGUAUAGCGGGAAGGCGAGGCCGUCACCUAGAGGCGUUUGUCAGUGCGUCGAUGAUGGUUGCUCGCACGUAGCCUGUAGACCGGCAGUGGAUUUUCUGGUGGAGGUGCUUUAUGCGUCUUUUACAUUCCAGAUUUCUGAACUCGUGGCUCUGUAUCAGAGGCACUUGUUAGAUAUUCUUGACGAGGUUGCAAAAGAUGACAUGUUGGUCAUUCUAUUUGUUGCAAACAUGUGUGGUAAAGCUUGCCAGAGUUUGCUGGGAAGGUGCAUUGAGAGUAUAGUCAAGUCUGACAUCGAUAUUUUAACUCUUGAUAAAGCCUUGCCCCAACAGAUUGUAAAACAGAUAACGGAUUAUCGCCAGGAGCUAGGCUUGGACAUGCCUGAUCAUAUAAGCUUUCCAGACAAACAUAUAAAGAGAAUUCAUAGGGCUCUAGAUUCGGAUGAUGUUGAAUUGGUUAGAAUGCUGCUGAAGGAGGCACACACUAAUCUAGACGAAGCGUAUGCACUUCACUAUGCUGUGGCAUUUUGUGAUGCAAAGACCACAUCAGAGCUUCUUGAUCUUGGACUAGCUGAUGUUAAUUGUCGAAAUUCUAGAGGCUACACGGUGCUUCAUCUUGCUGCAAUGCGUAAGGAGCCUAAGAUUAUUGUGUCUCUUUUGACUAAAGGAGCUCGUCCAUCUGAUCUUACUUCAGAUGGUAGAAAAGCUGUUCAGAUUGCAAAGUGUCUUACUAAGGCAGAAGAUUACUAUAAGACUACUGAUGAGGGAAAAGCAUCUCCCAGGGAUCGAUUAUGCAUAGAGAUAUUGGAGCAAGCAGAAAGAAGAGAUCCAUUACUUGGAGAAGCUUCUGUUUCUCUUGCUAUGGCUGGUGAUGAUCUGCGAAUGAAGUUAUUAUACCUUGAAAAUAGAGUUGGCCUGGCAAAACUUCUUUUUCCGAUGGAAGCAAGAGUUGUAAUGGAUAUAGCUCAAGUGGAUGGCACCUCGGAAUUUGUAUUAGAUGGCAUCGAUUCUAAAAAUUUGGUCGGUACCAAAAGAACUGCUGUGGACUUGAAUGAGGCACCUUUCAAGAUUAGAGAGGAGCAUCUGCACAGGAUGAGGGCACUCUCCAGGACUGUUGAGCUUGGCAAACAGUUUUUCCCUCGUUGCUCAGAAGUCCUGAAUAGGAUCAUGGAUGCUGAUGACUUAUCACAGCUAGCAUACCUAGGGGAUGAUACUCCGAAGGAGAGACUCGUAAAAAGGCAGAGAUACAUGGAACUCCAACAAGUUCUGAGCAAGGCAUUCAGCGAAGAUAAAGAAGACUUUGAUAAAUCUGCAAUAUCAUCCUCGUCAUCAUCAAAGUCGAUGGGGGUGAUGAGAUCCAAUGGUAAGGUCAUUGACAAGGCUUGUGAGGCCUGAUGCAUUCUCUUCCUCUCAUAUAUAGUUGAAACUCUUGUUGUCUCCUUUGAUUCAUGUAUUGUUAUUGUUUUGUAUAUCCUUGAUUUUAAGGAACAAAUGGGGAUAGUUCUGUUAUCUUGUGUUGUACAUGAGAGAGAACCAUAGUGACAGGAGCCUUUUUGGGUCAAACAUGGAGAGGAUAGGAUACUGGGCUAUUCAUGAGGCCUUGGUUUCUUCUUCUUCUUCAUGUUCUAAUCUUGGUAUUUUAUAAGUAUGCAAUUGGUCAUAAUCAAUUGCCAUAA